GUGGAAGACAGCCGUGAUUGAGGAGGUGCUGUAUUGUAGCAAGAAGCGGACUUAGAAGCAGAAGAAGCAGAAACCCGUCCAGAACGGGAGACUAAACAUGACUUGGUUGGUUGUGUGAGAUGUACAAUUAUAUUUGCCAUGGCGAGGGGUCUGCUUGCUGCAUGGCUGAAAAAGCCCUACUACAUUCAGGCGCGUUUCUCUUACCUGCGCAUGAAGUACCUUUUCUUUUCCUGGCUGGCGGUGUUCGUGGGCAGCUGGGUGGUGUACGUGCAGUACUCGUCCUACACCGAGCUGUGCCGUGGACGCAAGUGCAAGGACACCAUCUGUGACAAAUACAGGAAGGGGGUGAUCGAUGGCUCAGCUUGCAACAGCCUGUGCAACAAGAAAACACUGUACCUGGGGAAGUGCCUCUCUGCAAAGCCCAACAACCAGGUCUACAUCAGCGUCUGGGGUGACCUAGAGGGGGUGGUUAAGUGCCAGAUGGAGGAGAUCCUGCACUAUGACCUGAGAGCCGAAAUGGAGCCCAGGAAGGAGGUCAUGCUCUUUGACAAACCCACGAGGGGGACCUCCAUGGAGAAGUUUAAAGAGAUGGUCCUCAGUCAUUUGAAGGUGAAAGUGGGUGAGCAAGCAAACCUGCAGGAUCUAGCAAUGCUAGUCCUAAACGUGGCUGACAGCAACAAAGAUGGCCACAUAUCCCUCCCAGAGGCCAAGUCUGCCUGGGCCCUGCUCCAGCUCAACGAGUUCCUCCUCAUGGUCAUCUUGCAGGACAAGGAGCACACACCCAAGUUGUUGGGUUUCUGUGGAGACCUCUACGUGACAGAGAAGGUGCAGCACACAUCUCUGUACGGGAUCACCGUGCCCUGGGUGGUGGAACUGUGGAUCCCUUCCGGGAUGCGGAGGAGCAUGGACCAAUGGUUCACACCCUCUUGGCCCCGCAAGGCGAAGAUUUCCAUCGGCCUGCUGGAGUUCGUGGAGGACGUCUUCCACGGCACCUUCGGCAACUUCCUCAUGUGUGACCUGAGUGCUGGCACCUUCGGCUACAACGACAAGCACGACCUGAAGAUAGUGGACAUGCGCAAGAUUGUGCCCGAGGCUGCCUUCAGGGAGGCCAUGCGCGACCGCCACUGUGAGGAUGACAUGGAUUGCGUGUAUGGUGCCGACUGUCGGACGUCUUGCGACCUCACCAAGAGGCGUUGCACUCCCGAGGCCAUCCAACCAAACCUGGCCAAGGCCUGCCAAGCUCUGAAGGACUACCUCCUGAGGGGAGCACCCUUAGAGAUCCGAGAGGAGCUGGAAAAGCAGCUGUACUCCUGCCUUGCACUCAAGGGCUCUGCUGAGCAGAUGGAAAUGGAACACUCCCUUAUUCUCAACAACCUUAAAACCCUUCUGUGGAAAAAGAUCUCACACACAAAAGACUCCUAAUGAAACUGACUCCUUCCCCUCUUCUGCUUUUUCCUGGGUCGAGCUUUCCAAACCUGGUCCUUGAGAGCCUCAGGGUGUGUGUGUUGUUAUUGAGCACCUAUUUGGUCAGAACACAAGGACGUCUGAUGAGGUUUAUCCUUUGAUCACCAGGCUUAUGAACUGAGUAGUUAAAACAAUUAAUUACACACUUGACUCACCUCACAUGGCUUCUUGGUUUUGCAUUGGUUGAUUUAACUAUGAAAAGCAAAACCAGCAGACCUUGCAGCUCUCCAGAAACAGGGUUACAGACCCAGCAUUAGGCCUUAGCCCUGCAGGAAAUGGCAAGGUCUGAGGCAACAGGAAUUCAACAGAGACUGACAAAUUACUAAGCAGUAUGGAGGGAUAUUCUGUGGCUUUCUCUCGUUGAGUGGCUUGUGUACUGUGUACAUUUUAUUUUUAGGAACUUCACUUUUUAAAUACGUUUAGUAGUUAUUUGUACUUGGUUCUUUAAUUGUGCCAUACAAACGUGAUCUUGAUGUGCGUGGACCUGAUCGGGGGGAGGGGCACCAUCAGACGUAUUAACAAAGGACAAUUUUUCUUAAAUCCACUCAGCUAGUUGGAUGUUUCUCACUUCUGAAGGAAGUUCAUUGAUUAAUUACAGCAUUUUGAUGCUGUUUGCCUCAUUUGAUUGUUGCGUCCAUUUUCAUGAGUUAGCUGUACCCAUGAAAGAACCUUCUAGAUGGAAACUUUAUGGACUGCUACUGUACUCACAGAAUUAACUGAAAUCCCAGAAGAUGUUUGCCAUGUUUUAAGUAGCAUGAUACAUUUGCACAAUAAAUUAAAUAGAACUGCCUCUU